AUGAGUCAUCUGCUGUGGAAAUACUUUUGGGAAAACGAUGUCGACAGGUUUCGGCAUCUUCUGGCCUCGGCCGGUCCCAAUACCCAUGCCUCACCAAAGGGAGCUGCGGUAAGAAGCUCGGAGGGCUCUCUCGCCGCGAGUCCCGGCGGGCUUGGCACCUCACCCCGUCCUGGCAACAAAUCGCGACGACAUUCGGCACAUCCAUCGGCACUUGGGAGGUCCAAGGAUGGGGGCCUCACCUUGGGGUUGGGUCGGAGCGAAGUCAACAGUCGUGACCACGCCGGCCUGACGAUUCUAUUGCGCGCAGCCUCCUCGACGAAACCCAAUGCUCGCGAUUUCGUCCAGGCCCUCAUCGAACACCCGGCCAUCGAUCUGUACAUCCAAGACCCCGAGAGCGGCUGGAAUGCCCUUCAUCGUUCUCUCUAUUCGGGAAACGUGUCCAUCGCGCGCAUGCUCCUGGCAAGAGAGCGCUUCGACUUGUCGACACCUACUCUGUCCUCGGCCGGCAAGGUCGGCUUGUUGAUCAAGACCAAGGAUAACGAAGGCCACAGCCCUUUCGAUCUUUACAACGCCACCGUAGCGACUCGAUCGCUUAGGCAAGCGCAAGCUUCUUUGACCUCGAGUGCCGGUUCCACAAGCGGAUGUGUCGAAGAUGAGCAAGCCCAAGGAUUGGUGGCGCCCGUCAACACCUCCCAGCGCUUCGGCGAGCCAGCCGAAGGUGGUGAGCUGUACGUGUUUGGGAGCAACAAGAAUCAUUCACUCGGCGUCGGAGAUGAAGACGACCGUCAAUUUCCCGAGCGAAUCAUGCUCCGACGACCGGUCGAGCUGCUGCACCGCUUCCACGAGUCCUACCUCGACCAACACGGCUUGGAGCCGCCCCCGUCGCGUCCCGCCGUGGAGGAUAUCCCGUCCUUGAUCCGCGACAGGCCACUGGUGAUUCGGGAUGUGGUCAUGUCCAAACUUCACACUGCCAUCCUCACCACCGAUGUCGUUUCCAACCUCUACAUCUGCGGCGUCGGCAGAGGGGGCAGGCUCGGCGUCGGCGAUGAGAAUACCCGUUUCAAGUUUGCGCCGGUGCAGGGUCCGUUUACCGAUCGAAAGGUGCGGAACAUCGCUCUCGGCCAGAACCACUCUUUGGCUGUUGCUGGCCAGGGCGAGCUUUGGACUUGGGGCCUCAAUGUCGAUUCGCAGCUCGGCUACCUUCUUCCGCCCCCCUCGCGUCCCGACGAAGAGCCCAUGAGCCUCACACCCCGUCAAGUGUUUGGCUCGUUGAAGAAGGAGAUUGUCCUCGGCGUUGCCGCUUCCGCCAUCCACUCCGCCGCUCACACAGGCGCCUCGCUCUACUGCUGGGGGCGUAACCAGGGCCAGCUCGGCCUCAUGGAUGCCGAUUCGCGCUCUCUCGAUGUCCAGCAGACGCCCCGAAGGGUUGCUGCAUCGCUGCUUUCGGUGCCCAUCGAGAUGAUAUCCGCCACCGACAAGGCAACGUCGUGUUUGCUGUCGAACCACACGGUCUGGGUCUUCACAAACUACGGAUACAACCUGAUCAAGUUUCCGAUCCCGGACCUCUUUACCAACCACAACCUUGCCUCUGCCUCUUUCACCGGCAGAUACGACCCCAGUCGGAAAGACAUUCGCUACAUCACAUCAGGUGCCGACAUCAUUGCGGCGCUCACGACGCAUGGCGACGUCUUCACCAUCGAGCUCAACCACAUAGUCGAUGGCAAGCAGCCUGCCGGCUCGACGACGAACCCCGUAAAGAUUAAAGGAGCCGUCUCGCAACCCCAAUGCAUCUGGGAUUCGAGAAAGGACGGUGCCACCUCCGUUGCCGUUGGCGAGCACGGCUCCAUCAUCAUCGGGACAAAAUCAGGCGCCGUGUGGAAAAGGGUCAAGUGGGCAAAGGGUCAGAACGUGGCCUUUACUGGCCUCUCUGACACAAGAAAGAAAGGCUUCAAGUUUGAGCGAAUCCCGUGCAUCACUGGUUGCGUUAGGGUACAGAGCUCCAUAUUUGGAGCCUAUGCUGCCGUUCGAAAGGACAGCAGCAUCAUGUCCAACCAGAUUGCCGUUGCGAAACCGUCGCUUUGCGAUGACCUGGGUGCACUCAUGUGCAUUCGAGACUUCAGGACGUCCGAAGAAAUGGCCGCCAACAAGCCGUGGGAUGCUGCCUCUGCGAGGCAACGGUUAGGGUCGGUGCCGUUUGAGAUCCUGCGGUGCGAAAAUCUAGAGCAAGAGCUGUCACGGUGGCUGGAAAUCAACUCCUUCAAGUUCGAUGGCAUCGACGUGGAAAUACGAACAACGAUGGCACCGGAUAUAAAGAUACCCGUCCAUGGCUGCAUUCUCGCAGGCCGGAGCUCCGUCCUGCGUCACGCGCUGGCCGAGUUCCGCGACACUGACGACGGCAUUACUUCGUAUUCGGACACCUUCCUGAUCGAAAACGUACGCGGCAGAAUACUUCUCACGAUGCAGGGCGUCGACAUUCUCACCCUGUUGAACAUUGUCGUUUUCGCAUACCAGGACGAUAUCAUCCCCGUGUGGAAGUACACGCGAGAAUCUCCAUCCGAAGCAUUCCGCUUCCGCCAAGUCCGUUCAGAACUCAUGAAACUUGCGACAAAGUUGCAAAUGCGCACCCUCGAGAUGGCUUCGCGAUUACAGGUCAACGUGGAACCGUCGUUGUCCGCAGACAUGAAAAAAGCCUUGUCCGAUGGCGAAUUCCUAAGCAACGGCGACGUUACCAUCCAGCUCGAUGGCGCCGAGCUGACAGCCCAUAGUCAAGUCUUGUGCCAGAGAUGCCCUUUCUUUCAUGCCAUAUUUCACGGACGAUCGCAAGGCAGGUGGCUCACAUCUCGUCGCAACGAGGCGGGCGCUGCCGAGAAAGUGCCCAUCGAUCUGAAGCACAUACGUCCGGAUACGUUCGAAUACAUUCUGGAGCAUCUCUACGCCGAUUCGGGCCAAGAGAUGUUCAACGAUGUCGCCCUGCCUACCUUGGAUGACUUUGCCGAACUUGUCCUGGACGUCAUGGGCGUCGCCAACGAGCUGAUGCUGGACCGUUUGUCGCAAGUCUGUCAAUCUCUGAUGGGCAAGUUUGCCAGCACGCGCAACAUUGCCAACCUUCUCAAUGAAAUCAGCCCCUGCUCGGUGAAGACGUUCAAGGAAGCCGGGCUGGAGUAUGUCUGCCUGCAGUUGGAGUGCAUGUUAGAGAACCACCUGCUCGACGAUCUCGACGAAGAUCUGCUUCAGGACCUCGACGAAGUUGUUCGGGACAAUCAGAUGGCCCGGUUUCCAUGCUCGAGAAGCGGAAGAGCCGACUUGUUGUUACACCACAAAUACCCUGACCUGGGGCCGGAUAUCGAAGAUGAACGUCGACGUCGUGUGAAGGAAAUGGCUUUCAGGGCGGCUCAACGAGGUGAGGAGCGGAAGCAUGGCUCGGCAUGCAAAGGGCGGAAUACAACCCAUGAGGAAUCUGUCGUCGCGACACCAAGGUCGGAUGAUGUUCGCCGGAAAUCCAGUGCUUGUAUGAACGGACCCUUGAGUCCUAGCCUGCGCCGAAAAGCAUCCCGUGGAGAUAUGAUGUUCAGCAUGGAUGAGGAUGUGUCCCGGAUGAAUGACAGUCCCAAGUCACCAAACGUAGGCCCUCCCGAGUUCAGUCCGGAUCUUACGACGAAAGACAUGCCGCGGCGGUCGGGAGCAUGGCGAGACAAUAGGGGUGCUUCUGCAGGCUCGAGAGCUUCUCUCGCGGAGGUUGCAUGCGCCGAAGCGGCCACGAGUGAAUGCACGGCUCCUCAUCCACCAGCCACUCCAACUAGGACGACCAGCGGUCCAUGGGCGUCUCCUACCCCGGCUUCUUCGUCAAGAAUGGGCAUAAAGGACAUCAUAUUCGAGGCCUCGACGAAGUCGACUCCAGCAACCGACUUGGCGGCGAAACCAGUCAAGAACACGGCGGCCAGCCAUCCGCCGGCGAAGAUGUCACAGAAAGAUCGCAAGAAGCGGCUUCAGAUGGAGGCGGAAGCGAUGGAGCUGGCACUUGCGGAAGACAAAAAGGCCGGACGAGCUACGUGGGAAGAUGCCAAGCCCGGCAACCGACCUGCUCCUUGGAAGUCGACAGCAGCGCCUGCGAAACACAACUUUGGAGACGCGUCUCCGACAGCCCUUCGGGAUUCCACGCCGGCCAAGACGAAGCCAGUCAUCUCCUUGGACGCUGAGCAGAGCCGUCGAAGAACGGUGUCGCCCGACACGAGGUUUCCUGGCCAAGGACGGGGGAUCAACUCUACCAUUGCAGCCUCGCCAUCGUCGAGCCAUGCCGGCAAAUCUCCACUCGUACCACAUUCCAAAUCCUACAUUACCCCCGCCACAAAGGUGGGCUUUACAAUGGCGGCGAGAAGCAUGGAAAACAUCAUCGAGCAGCAAAGACGUGAGCAGGAGCUAGUGAAGGAGGCCGUGGCCAAGAGGUCGCUUCAAGAUAUCCAACAGGAGCAGGCUUUCCAGGAGUGGUGGGAUCAAGAGAGCAGACGCGCUCAAGAAGAGGAGGCCAGACGGCAAGCAAGGAACCAGGAUAAAGUUCCUUCUGGUCGCGGCCGUAGCCGGAAGAGGAGGGGCGGGGGCGACAAAAGCAAGGGCAAAGGUCCCGAGGCCUUUCACGGGGCUGAUCAAGGUGGCGAAGGCUCAAGAGCGCCCAGCGGUGUGCCUCCAACACGGCGGAUGAUGCAUGGCGCCAAAGGAAAAGGCGGCAAACAUUGA